UGAAAGAAAACUAGGGACAUGGAUAUGAUUCACGACAUUUUGCAUGUCUUUUCGUGUGUGUGUGUGCGAUAGUCACAUCUGUUUUCAGGCACAGAACAUGGGCUUUUUCAAAAGCACUCUUCACUCUCCCUCGAAGGCAUGCUGAGAAGUCACCUCUCUCCUUUGAGUCCCCCUCUCCUCGUGACAGCAGAGCUGCUUUUGCUUUCCUUCAGCACCACUUCCCAUCCUAUUCUCUCUCUGUCCCCUACAUCCCCGAAACGCUUACCAGCGAGCGUCAGCGCAGAGAGAUGACGAGCAAUUUGGGGAAAUAAAUCACGUUUCAGCGCAAUUUAUUCCUUCGAAAAAUAGAGGAUGAUGAGAACAUAGAAGAAAAUAACAUAGGCAGUAAAGAAGCAAAAGGAGGAAUCACAAAUUAUUAUAACCUAACGCACAAGUUCGUCAGCGGUCCAGCUGUCGGCAUAUUUAAUUUAUUUCGGGUUAAUUGCACAUUUACUGUAGACUAGCUAUGUCGCAGCGGGAGGAUAUUGAAAAAGGCAGAGGGGGGUAGGCUGCUGAGAGAGAGGGAGAUAGCCUUGGCAGCACAUUAUUAUAAUGAUGCUGAGUGAGUGACUGAUCCACGCAUUCAAAUUGCGCUGGCGACUUUAAUUUGGAACUACAAUUCAGCAAGGGCGAUAUUGUAUUUUCGUCUGCUUCUGGAAGGCAUCGGGAGGAACCUGCAAUUUGCCCGAACAAUGCUCCAAGUGGCGCCUUUUAUCAGGCUCGGAAGAAAGAAAACGGAGCAAAGGACGACUGCUAUAGAGAGAGUCACUGUGAGAGGCUGAGGCUACAGUGGAGCAUCAAACGACAGGUGUGACUGAAGAGGCAUUUCAACCCCUCUGAUCAACACAGAGAGGAAUCUGUCUCUACUGGCGUCAGGACAGGUCGACCUAAAAAAAGAUUUUCAAAAAGUUUCAAGAACGCUACCCUCAAAGAAGCAAGGCUGACGAUAUCAAGUCUUUGAAUGGGACUGAGUAUCAUGUCUUGUGAUUGGCCUCAGUUCAUUUGUUUUCAAAUACCAAAGCCUAAUAAUGGUUGACAUGGUUUAAUGCUCGCAACGUUGUUAGUUCAAGAGCACUUUUCUGUCUCCUAGAAGCCUAAUAUAUUUGGUGGGAUUCAGUUUUGGUAAAGGAACUGAGGCAUAGAAUAGAAUAGAAUAGAAUAGGGCAACAGGAUCUUAGGCUAAACCUACUUUUAAUCUUUUUAGAUCCGUCAAAAUAUUCAGUCUCCUUAGUAUAUUCCAUCCCAUUCUGCACAGCUCUGAGAGGGAAACGGAUAAGAUGAUGUGGACUCCGCUCCGAUUGGGAUAUGGCUUUGAAAUCAGACAUUCCGGGAAUCGAAGCGAGGGCUCUACUGAGAUAGAGCGCACCCGGUUACUCCCACAGCCAGCAGCAUUUUCUCUGAAGGAUUUUUUUCUUGGGAAAAUCCAAGCCCACACCAAGGCCUAAGGCAAGUGUACAGUAGGGCCGCCUGGGAGUAGUCUGAAUCCUGGCGGUGGACUGGAUCUAUUUAUCCACUGCACCAGGACCCACAGGCUCCAGGGGAGACAGACUCACAGCUCCAGCUUGGACAAGACGAGGGCUGAAGGAGCUGGCCUGAUUUGAGCUCAUCAUUAGGAUUCAAGGAGCUAAGACGUUGAGACCGAGAGGAAGGGAAGUUGAGCCCGAGAGGAAGGGAAGUCGAUCAUCGGCACCAUGGCGCCGGAGGGAGUGGCCGAGCUGCGUGAUUGGCUGUUCCUGCUGAUGCUCUGCCUGACUCUGUUGGCCGAGCUGCUGGAGUUUGCUGCAGCCACAGGGUACGAGGAGGAGGAAGACUUGGUGUGCCCCUCAGUGUGCCGAUGUGAUGAGGACUUCAUCUACUGCAACGACCGUGGCCUGAGCUCUAUCCCCCCUCUGCCCCCCUCUGCCACUGUGCUCUACCUUCAGAACAACCACAUAGACAACGCCGGGCUUCCCACCUCCCUGGAGCGACACCUAACCGUCCGAGUGGUCUACCUGUACGAUAACGAGCUGGAUGACUUCCCCAUGCACCUGCCCCCUUCCCUCCGGGAGCUGCACCUGCAGGACAACAACAUCCGUACGCUUCCCCGCGCCACCUUGGCCCGCAUGCCUCUACUGGAGAAGCUGCACCUGGACGACAACUCUGUCUCCACCGUCAGCAUCGAAGACAAGGCCUUCGUUGACAACCCGCGGCUGCGUCUGCUCUUCCUGUCUCGCAACCACCUGUCCAGCAUCCCCUCUGGGCUCCCGGCCUCUCUGGAGGAGCUGAGGCUGGACGACAACCGCAUCUCCACCAUCCCCACCCAUGCCUUCCGCGGCCUCUCCUCCCUGCGACGCCUCGUCCUGGACGGAAACCUCCUGGCCAAUCAGCGCAUCGCAGACGACACCUUCUCCCGCCUCUCCAACCUGACGGAGCUUUCGCUGGUGCGUAACUCCCUCCUGACACCGCCACUCAACCUGCCCAGCGCCCACUUGCAACGUCUCUCCCUGCAGGACAAUGCUCUGAUCCACAUGCCCCGUGGCUCCUUGGACGGCAUGAGAAGGCUCCAAAGACUAGACCUGUCUGGCAACAACCUGACCACCCUGCCUCGGGGCCUGUUCAAAGACCUGGACAGCCUGGGACAACUGCUGGCGCGGGGGAAUCCCUGGCACUGUGGCUGUAACCUGCGCUGGCUACAUGACUGGCUGCACGCUAGGGGUAACUCCAUCACGGUGAGGGGCCUCACCUGCCAGGCGCCCGAAAAGGUUAGAGACAUGACCCUCAAGGACCUGACCAGCCAGAUGGAGGAGUGUGAAGUCACAGGGGUAGUGCCUGCCGGGGCCGGGGCUGGAGCCACAGGCAGUGGGACCAGAGACAGAGUGGGUGGAGUAGGAGGAGUUGCCGCUAGCUCCACCACCCUUUCCCCUCCACAGGGCUCCCUCUUCACCCUGCGCUCCAAGCGGCCUGGCCUGGGGCUACCAGACUCUGGUCUAGACUACACCCUGGGUAGCAGUGGAGUGGGUAAGAGCCUGGCCCUGAAUGUCAAGCCCCUGGCCCACGACAGCAUUCGUGUCACCUGGAGCGUUGCCCAGCCCACCUCCUCCUUCAGACUCAGCUGGCUGCGGCUGGGCACCAGCGCUGCCAUGGGCUCCAUCACAGAGACCCUGGUGAGAGGAGACCGCAGAGAGUACCUGCUCACCUCCCUGCAACCCCGCUCCAGCUACAUCAUCUGCAUGGUGCCCCUGGCGGCCAGCUCCGGGGGUAAAGGAGCCAUGGCAGGCGGAGACACUGACUCAGAUGAAGCUCCAGUGUGCGCUAAAGCUGAGACGUCAGACCCCGGUCAGCCAGAUGUGGGCCAGGAGGACAACCAGGACCCGGAACACAUGGCUACUCUGCCUCUGGCUGGGAUCAUUGGAGGAGCUACUGUCAUCGUUUCUCUGGCCCUCAUAUUCGCCAUCUUCUGCUGGUACGGGCAACGGGCCGGACGCCUGUCUUCUCGUGAUCAAUACAGCCGUGGCAGCUCCAGGAAGAGCAAGCACUACGAUGACUACAUUGAGUCAGGCACAAAGAAGGACACCACCAUCCUGGAGAUCCGAGGCCCAGGGUUCCAGAUGACGCCCAUGGUUACCCACCAGCCGCCCAAGCCCCUCCGGGAGGAUUACAUAAUCCACACUAUAUUCCCCUCCAAUGGCACCGGCCUCUACAAAGGUGCCCACCAAGUGUCCAAUGCAGGGUAUGGCACCAACCGUGGCUAUAGAGAAAGAGGGAUCCCAGAUAUAGACUACUGUUACACGUGAUCGACCUGGCCCGUUCCACACUGUUCUAGAUGUACUGUAUGGAUACUGUAUUUUGUCCGCAUGGGUUCUUCUGAAGAGCCACUUCGUGCCUUCCUCUUCUAGUCUCCCAUUCCAACUAAGCCAGCGGUUCACUGCACUGACACCAUUUGAAUAAUUGGCUGGCGGGCCUGCAGGAAACAGCUAGCUGGUACACAAGCAGCAGGAGCGAACGAACGGCCCAUUCCAGGUGUUCACACGGACUGCUUCUUCACACACUUAGUAAUGAUCAGUGGAUGUUUUCCUUCACUGCUCCCUCUCUCAGUGACACAAGUGAAAAGAAUGUGCCCUCUGUGUUGAGACUGCAGGAUAUUGUCACUUACAGUUCAGUUCCAUUCCAGGUCUUACGUUUGGCAAGCCACACCAAGAUGGAAGGUUCAAAAGUCCUGAAAAGGGUCAGAGAGACAAACUUCUUAGAUACGCAUCACUUGCCCACUGGCCAUAUUUUGCCCUCUUGUCUCGUCCGUUUAAAAUGCCUCAACUAUCCUGUGGCACCCAGUGUGUCCUAUCAGUUACCUGAAGACAGGGCUCUGUAAAAGCUGUGAAUAGUUCUCUUUCAAACAGCCCACAUAACCACUUGUCUUAAAGCAGACUAGUUGUGGCCUGGUCCAGUGGUUCCACCGGGUGAGGGUCUUGUCAGGGGUGAGGGUCCUUGAUGAUAUCCUUGGAUGACUUUCGCAAGUUAACGGAACAAUGCAUUGAAUUCAAUUGCAGCCCAGGCUUGUAGACACUUUACUUAGAUAGACAUCCACUGGACUGUGUUUGGAGAAGUCAUUGUUCCCUGCGUGUUUCUUUGAUCAGUCCCUCACUGCUACCCUUAUUUAUUGGUUUUGUUUUUUGGGAUUUUUUUGUUUUGGGGGGGGACUCACACUGGACCUGGACUUUUGUGAUUGGGAAGUAACUCCUUCUUUCUUUUUUGGAACAAGAAGAAGAUACAAAACAACUCUUGAGGUCCAACUGAUGGUUAAAAUGUUCUUGACUGCACCAGCUUGAAUGUUUAUGUACUCCUUUUUAAUGAAAUUAUCUGCAGCAAAAGAGACAUUGUCCGAUUACAAUGCAGAAGUUGGUUAAUAAGAGCCCCCCCCAAGACUGACAAAUCACUCCUUUCAGACAUAAGAGUCCAACCUCCAUUCUCCCUCUUGUGCCUGUGUACUUAUCCAGUUACCUUAGAAGGUGGUGGUAUUCGGGUGAGAAGGGGAGCCUCCCUCACUAGAUGGCAUUCUGUGUUGUUCCCCAGUGGGCCCGAUUCCCAACAGGACAGAGGACUUCUGUGGAGCAUCCUGUGGACAGACACAGCAUUCAUGUAAACGGGAAUCGGGAAAAUGAGUGUGUAAACAGCGAGAUAUAUCAGGUAGAUGAUCAAAACCGUAACACUGUGGACCUGCACCUGUGGGAGGGGGUGAGGGAGGUGGAGGAUCUGAGGUGGGGGUGAGACGAACAGUGGGGUGAGUUCUAUUUUACUUUGUGUAGGCACUAGUGAUAGUCCUCAACUCAGUCCACUUCUCCUUCCAAGUAGCACUACAAAUGUAAAUGAAUCAGCACUUACAGCAACGUAACAGGGAGGGAGGAGGGCAGAGAAAUAGACCUUGAGAGACACAGAGGAAAGGCGAGAGACAGAUUCAGAAGACGGCACAGAAAUGAUGCCUCUGGAACGACGGAGUUCAUCCGUGCAUAAACCUAUUUGUCAUAGCCUGCUACUCCACAUUGCUGAAAUAUUUUCCAUUGCUUGUUAAUCACUUUACGGUUUCCAAGGUGGAAACGAAUCGUGCUUCCUUGGCUGUUCUGUCUGAUAGGAUUUCAUAGUAGGCCGACUGUCAGACAAUAUGUCUGAGGAGUGUUCAUUUUAUUUUAAAUACAAAAUGUGAAACUGGAACAACCAACACUGUUGGUGGCAGGUUUAUAUUUUGGAAAAUGUUGAUAGUAAUUAGAGAAAUUUAAUGUUAUUCAUUUUAUGCUGUUAACAUGACAAUCACUCAGUUCCACUUUGAGAUAUCAUCCACACCUGUCUAUACAGGAAAAACUAAAAUACUGAGCCUUUUAAAAAAAGUGUAAAAUGUCCCUGUUAAGUGCACACCUGCUUAGAGAUCCAUUCUUACAGAGGGGUCACAAUUAAAGUAUAAAUCGAUCACAUUAUAGCAACAAUGUCACCAUUUCACCUCAUGCAAGAGUACAAAGAACUGUUCAAAUAUUGUUUUCCUGAUCUGAAAGUAGCCACACAUUGGGUUAUGAGUGAGGGGAAGAAUCAUAUCACAGCUUACAUACAGAAACCAGGCAUAUUUCACUGUUCAUUCCCCGUCGCCUCUAUUACUCCACCACUCUCCUAUAAAACACAUUGCAUUUCUUUGGUGUGCAAUUAUUGUUCCUAGUUGAGCUUGCAUGCCUAGAUGUGUAUGUUUGGGCAAAAUUGAGAGAGAGAGAGAGAGAAAGUACCAUUUCCAUUUUAGCCGACACUUUUAUACAUUUUCAUAUUGGUCCCCUGUGGGAAUCAAACCCACAACCAUGGUGUUGCAAGCACCAUGCUCUACCACCUGAGCUACACAGACCCUUAGUAGGUAUGCAGAUUGUGUGCGUCGCCGUAAGAGCAGGCAGCACUUGCGGUAAUUUUGUUUAGUUAUUUUGACCAUCUGCAUAUUUUACUGCUCCUGCUGACUGGACCAGCAGUUGGUGUGUGUGUGUGUGUGUGUGUGUGUGUACACUGUAUGCGUGUGUGUGUGUACUGUAUGUGUGUGUGUGUGUCAGAUCGUGUGGCUCCUGAAGAAUCAGAGGAGCAGUUGUUCCACCUGCAGCCCAUUAACACAGACGUCUCCUCACCUUGUUUGCAGAGUCAGUGUUUCUGUCAAGAGAAUAUACUUCUGCUGUCUGUGCUCAGACCGAUGCGAACCGCACAAUAACAGAGAGCGCAAACGGGGUCAGCUUGGGAGUCGUCACCCAGCACACUUUUUUUAAGCUUUCCGGGUGAAAUGGUGCUCUCAUCAUAAUCAUCAUUAUCAUCCUUUUAUUGCACAUUUAAAUCCACAUUCAGCGCGCCCUCUUCAUGCCCCUUCCCUUCGUGGAGUGCCCAUCACUCAACCCACACAGGAGGUGGAUAGCCUUUGGUAUGCUGAGUGGAUCCAGGUUUCAGGCGCCAACAAACACAAGGGUCCGUGGUUUGAUGGUUUAAGAAUCCGAGCAAGGAAUUAUUUGACUGUUAUCAGUAGUGUGCGUUCUGUUCUUUUCUUUUGGUCUGCCCUUCCAUAUUUUCCCUGUGUACUUUUUGUAGGUUGCUGCUUUUGAAAACAUCCUCCUUUGUUGGACUCUGUGUUAUACUGAGGAACAAUUAACUAUUUUGUAUAAAGAUGUCUCUUUUCUAUGUGAAUAAAGGAGACGUGCAAAGCCUU